AUGCCAGCAAACCCAAUUAAUUCGGUUGCAUCUUGUCCCUCAAAGUCAGAAAGUUCCGUCGCGCCUACUGGUUCAGACUUCAAGUUCAAAGCCCCAGUAUGCGACCUAUUUACUGGCGAGCCCAAGGAAUUUUGGGGUUGGUGGGAUUCUGUCCUAUUGGCGUUCGGUCAGUCAGGCAUCUCUGACGCUUUGACUGAUCCAGAAUACCACAACAAGAGCGACAGUGCUGCCAAAGCGUCUAGUGCUGGAUGGUAUGCCAUUGCGAAAAGUCUCCAAGGUAGUCACGCCAAUUGGAUGUCUGGUGAGGUCAGCCGACACACCAACCGCAAAGUUGCUAAUGAUUUCUAUGAGAAACUAAUGAAGACUUUCAAUACUAAAGAGAACCAAGCCCAUUUCAUGGUGCAUGCGAUCGACAGUUUGAAUGAGAUCAAGUUGGAUCAUACCAAGCAAGUUCACGAAUUUAUCAACGAUUGGAAGCAAAUUAUCAAUCGGUUGAAUGAAAACAAGAACCAGCUUGCGACCAACGGAGAGAUUCUACGAGACUUUUUACUUUGUGCAUUACAGUCUGAUGCCUUUGAAGAAUCAAGACAAUUUAUUCUUAGGAACCCUUUGAAGACCAGUGAUGAUUACGUGGAUCAUAUCCGAAAUCGAGCCGAUUCGAUGAGGAUGCUAAGUGGCGACCCCCCCAAUCCGUGA